UUAGAUCUAUUCACUUACAUGGUCGGUUAUCAUGCCUCAAUAUCACAUAUACAUAUAUUGUCUAUAGCUGCCACCCUGCCAGUGCCAGCGCAGUGCCAUGGCAGUGCAAGACUGGCCAUCCCCUCAUCCCACGCAUAUUUAGCCUCCUCUUCUGUGUAUCCUUUCCAUCUUCCAUACGGAAACUGUUCAUACACAUACACCGGAAGCCGCCUUUUCUUUUUGUCGCAGGCGUGCGCGAACCAUUUUAACCGUGUAUGCGAAUCAACCCCCGGGGAGUCGACAUAAAAAUCGAGCUGAUCAUGGUUGGUUCUUGUCUAUUGCACACCCCAAAAUCCAAAACCGUCUCUCAUCAGUCCACUUUAUAGCAUAAUCGGAAACGAAGCCAAUGAUGGCCUGUCUAGACGGCUUGCGCAAGACACAUCUGCCCUCGUUGUCCAAGCACGAAUACUCGAGACAGGCACACUGGUCCGAGUCAAAAGGCAACCACUACAGAAGCGGGGGAAUUUCAUCGGAUCUGACAGUCUCGUAUGAUAACUCAAGACAGCAGACGUUGCUUUUUAGCCAUGAUAUCCCUGGCUGUCUUGCCAUGCUUCCACAAGGUCCGGCCAAUCGUCGUCUACACAAGCAGCCCCUUCUAUCAGGCUAUAGCCCACGAAAAGAGGGAUCAGUCACGAAAAUCAACAAUACAAACAUGUCACAUUUUCGAAUCGCCUCACCCAGUGCGUGGCUGCUGCAGUGUAGACUUCGGUUGAUACGGCCGCGCAAGUUGUUGCUUUUUUUCGGCACUGUUCAAGACUAGCAGCGGGACAGCGUAGCCCUGAAUCCGCAAAGAGGGGUAAAAAGAACCAACGGAAUCACCAGAGAUGGGAAAAAGUCGCACAUAGUGCAAGCUAAAUCCUUCGGGGGGACGCAGUAAGAAGCAAAGUCCGUAUAUCCGGAGAUCAGGGGAAUGUACUAGAGAUCGAGCAAGAUCUCAAGAUGUUGGACGUCUGACCGGCGCCAGCAGAGGACCCCUAGACGAUCCAUAACGACCGAGAGCACACUGUGCAUGGGGAAAUAACGUACUAGACAAUGGGGAAAAUGUACAAAAGCGAUAUGUCCUACAACCCAAGAAAAAAGAUGGUGUCCCCGCGUGCCGUGUAAGCCAGGAGGCCGGCACAGCACAGCAUCGCAUCGGUCCCUGAUCGACAGAGGGAGACUCAUCGAGACGGGCCAGUAUUCGUUAGAAGACGAGACAGGAGACAAAAAGACAGAAAAAGAAAAACGAUGCCCACCUGUCCAGAUGCGGAUGUCUUGGGGCUUUUCAACGCGCGUUUCUUUUUUUCUUCGUUUGCCCUCUCUCCCCUUCAACGUUGUCGCCUACUAGUCUCAUAAUACAGUGGUAUACUGUAGUUACUGUAGUAGACGCGCCGCAUCCCCGCUAAAGCAGGUCUCGCAUGAGAUAGAUCGGCUGCGUGUCGCCUUACUUUUUUUCUUUUCCUUCUUCUCUCUGGCGUCAAGUAUAUUUCUUUUGAUUGUUGAGGGGUGGAGUGGAAGAAAAGGUACUUGUGCUUGGUUUCGACACAGGUACCUCUGUUUCUUGGACCAUGUCGCUUCUUUUGUUUCUUCCAGAUUGAAAGAAUGCCACAGUUUCUAAUCAAUAUUCCGUUUUUUAUAGUGGCCCGCCACAGUGGCAGCUGUAUAUACAGCAGGGCGUGGAUGCAGACGAGUCUAGGCGGAAUGAGGCGCUGACAUUUUGCCGAGAUGAUAGCCCGAACAAGCUCCAUCGCGAACAACGACAACAAUUGAAAAUGAAUAAUAGCAUCAUCGUGACAGCACGUGGGCCCUAUCAAUUCUAUGAUGCAGGUUGUAAGAGAUUUCCGCGGGCUUGGUGGUCGACAGCGAACCUGGUUGCCGGGAACGCAUCGACCGUGCACGACGUAUGCCGCGAUUGCUUGCUGCGAUCCUUAUGCCGGGCCCAUCUAUGCAUGCUUUUUUAUUUGCAGUUGAUACGAUUAGAGGGCUGCUCCAUAGUGUUGCAUAUUCCUACACUAAUAUCAAUUAGGAAAAUCAUGAUGGUGUUUUUCGAGUUUCUUUUUUUUUUCUGUCGUCUGCACCUCUGUUGCCCUUUGUUCCACACCCCUCCUCCUCUUUCUUACACUUAUACGAACUAAAAGUCUUGCUUUUGUGUGUACAGCGACUCUGUUUAGUCUUGGCCUUAGCUUCGUAUAGCGAAGCGACAUAAUACAUUCGGGCAUCUCCCUUGCCCUGUCACCCUUAUUUCCGGGCU